GCGGUACUCGGUGAAAGCGGACAGCACGAGCGACACGGUGUGUUUGGGAUGCAUUUGCGAAAGGAGAAGCGGGUACAAAAUGUAUCAUGGAUUGCUCUCUUUUUAAAAUGAGCAUUUGCACUCGACAAAACAUCUAUAUUUUAAGUCUGUUAAACUCAGGGAUUUUUUUUUCUUUUAGAUUAUUACGAGGUUAAACAUCUGGAUUGCAGCUGUGGUUUUCGGAUUGAUUUACAUCCCCAACACGUUCAAACUCUGAUGUUUUUAUUUUUAUUUGACACGUUUAGUUUUUUCAACCGACAACGUGUCAGCCUGGUUUCAUACUCGAAUAUCUCACGAAUGGACGCGUAUUGUAGGUAAGGUAGAGAUGUGUGAUGAACAUCUGGCGAGAGAAGGACGCGAGUGUGAAGCGAAGCGUAUGAUGAUGUGACGGAUGCGGCAUUAUAGAUUUCAAAAAAGCCACAGAGGAGAAUCAAGGGUCUGCCUCCAUGCUGAGAUGUGUACUAGUGACCUGUCCGAGAGGCUGAGCUUGCUCUUUUUACCAUGUAAAUGCAAAAAGAAGCAUGCUUUAUUCCUCCACUAGUCCACCUGUGGCUUCAGGGCAGCCUAGUACAACCCUGUUCCUCACGCCUAAGGUGCUGACCCAGCCAGCAGGUACAAGAGCCAUGGAGAAUUCCUCGGCAAAAGUCAACAGCUCGCUAGAGCUCCGGGCGCUAUCAGAAUACGUUACGCCUUCAACCAUUUGGCCGGACCCUGUUCAGGGCCUGAACGUGCCCAUUCAGGUGUUCUUUGGCCUGGUUAUCAUCUGUGUGCUGCUGCUGGCCUUCCUCGGAAACAUGGUGGUCUGCCUCAUGGUUUACCAGAGAGCCGCUAUGCGUUCUGCUAUUAACAUCUUGCUGGCCAGUCUCGCCUUUGCCGAUAUGAUGUUAGCAGUCCUCAACAUGCCCUUUGCGCUAGUCACAAUGGUGACCACGCGUUGGAUCUUCGGAGAGGCAUUUUGCCGCAUCUCGGCCAUGUUCUUCUGGAUGUUCCUGAUGGAGGGAGUGGCUAUUUUGAUGAUCAUCAGUGUGGACCGCUUCCUAAUCAUUGUCCAAAAGCAGGACAAACUUAGUCCACGCAGGGCCAAAGUGUUAAUCGCAGUCUCAUGGUCUCUGUCUUUCUGCUUUUCUUUCCCACUUUCCAUUGGCCACCCAGCCCUGUACAAUCCCCCCAGAGCACCGCAGUGUGUUUUCGGCUACACAGUUGAGCGUGGCGACCAUGCUUACGUUAUGCUCAUUAUGCUGGUGUUCUUCUUUGUACCAUUCCUGGUGAUGCUGUACACAUUCAUGGGCAUAUUGAGUACUCUCCGCCACAACGCUCUGCGCAUCCACUCCCACCCCGACUCGGUGUGCUUCAGCCAGGCCAGCAAGCUGGGUCUGAUGAGUCUGCAGAGACCCUUUCAGAUGAAUGUAGACAUGAGCUUCAAAACACGUGCCUUCACCACGAUCCUCAUUCUGUUCUCAGUGUUCACCGCAUGCUGGGCUCCGUUCGCCACCUACAGCCUGCUGUCCACCUUCAGUCGCGCCUUCUACUACCGGCAGAACUUUUUUGAGAUCAGCACGUGGCUGCUGUGGAUCUGCUAUCUCAAAUCGGCUCUGAAUCCACUUAUCUACUACUGGAGAAUCAAGAAGUUCCGUGACGCCUGCCUUGACCUGAUGCCCAAGUACUUCAAGUUCCUGCCGCCGCUGCCUGGCAACACGAAGAGACGUAUCCGCCCCAGUGCGGUUUAUGUGUGUGGGGAGCAUCGAUCUGUGGUGUAGUGGAGGACGUUUCUGAAGCCUCUUUUGAAAUUCUUAUAGUACAAUCUUAUUAAGCUGUGAUCUGUUUGGUCUUUCUUCGAACCGCAGGAUGUUUUAGCUGUCAAAGAUUGUUCAGAUGAGACAGUUUACAGAGCCUGUACAUUGAACUACUUUAAUUGCACAAUGUUUUUUUUUUUAUUCUUUUAUAGGAUUUAGAUCGUUAUAGAAGUUUGUUCAAGUCAGGUGCUGCUAUAUUUGGUGAAAAUGUGCAAUCUUCUGUUUUAUGCCAUGAAUGUAAUACGAUUUUGUGUGCUGUGUAUGUUUUGGUUUGUGUUGUUUUUUCCUGGCUUUGUGAUUCUGUUUUACACUUAGACAUUUUCUAUUUUAGUUUAUUUUCGAUUGCUCAGUUUUCAAUUAUUUUCAGUGUGAAAAUAAAGGAAAGGAAUUUUACAAAGAUACGCAUGUUCCAAACUGAUAAGUAGACUUUGUGAAGAGACAUGAUUUUUAAUGUGAAUUUUAAAAUUGUGAUUUCCAUGACUGGAAGUGAAUAAAAUCAUGGAAAUUAAUACUAUUAAACCUCAUGGAAUUUGUGGUCAUAUACAUUUUUCUAGUUAUGACUUGUGCCAAUUUUAUUCAGUUUUAAUUUAAUCCAUUUUUGAUUGACUGAUUUGAAAGGUCUCAGAAGUGUAUCAGCCAAAAGGUGGGGUAACCCUAUCGAUAUUUCUGUACAGCACAAGGUUGUUUUAUAUAUCAUAUGAACAGCGUCUAACCAAUUGCUUGUUCCUGAGAUGCCAUUAAAAACAAACAACCAAUCAACCAGCUAAAGGAUAUUUUUCCCUUCUCAUUUGUCAAAUGGCACGCAUUUAAGAAUAAAUUUGUAAUAUCUGUUUGUCAUGGAAAAAAAGUUCUCUGCUCAGUUGAGACCGCUGUGUCCGUCUGAGCCUUUG